CGUACGGUACAUAGUAAUUUGCAUGCCCUCUUCUCUUAGCUGUAUACGCCCUUGGUAGAGUGGAUAAUUAUAUCAGAGUCACUAUAUGUUGCACUGUCCCAGAUAUAAUUGUACCUCGAUCUGAGCCAGGCCGUCUAAAAAUGAAGAAACAUCUUAUUCAUCUGGGUUACAUUGUCCUGGUUGUAACUGCACACUUGACAGCUCAGUCUCAAGGUACAAAUCCAUCAGUCACACUGAUUGUUGAAGGAGGAGAGAGUCUGGUUGGUGAACACUGUCCUGGAACUGUCAAGAUCUCAUGCAUUGGAGUCGACUUGUCGAUUUUAAGGUGGAGAUUCAAUGGGAGCACAGAUGUAGUAACAUUUUUCUCCGACAAUGUGGCACGUUCUCCAUUCACAAAUAAUCCAGCAUUUAUAAGUGCCGAGCUACUGUCUACAGCACCAGAUCAACUAGAUCCAAACUUUGCUAACUUUUCUUCAGAACUUGUUGUAGAUGUGUCAAAACUAAAGACGGAGAGUAUAACAAGUAUUACUUGCGGUGAGCCAGAUACUUUCAAAAUGAUUCCAGUGGAUAUUGAAAUUAUACAACAAACUGAGCCUGAGAGUCCCAAUGGAACUAAUGUGAAAAUUCUCUAUGAAGAUGGAUCAUUGACAGAUGUCACUGUUUCUUGGGAAAAACUGGAAGCACGUUGUCCAGUAUUUCAGUCUUAUUUAGUUUAUCAAGUUCAGUUUGGCUCUAGUGUUGUUGCAAUAAAUCACACAAGCUGUGGAGAAGUGUGUAUCGUCAAUUUUCAGAAUUUUUCUGAUGCUUCUGAGGGGUAUAGGGUAUCACUAUCUGCUGUGAAUGUAAUCGGGGCCAGUAAAGUUGUGGAACAUCCAACCCUCAUCGUGAAACAAAGCAGCUUCUACUUCACACCUACCUUCCUCUCAAACGACUGUCUGUUUGUUUGCGAGUGCUUCUCAAAUAGAAGUCUUGAUACAGACAGUUGCAAUGUGUUGUACACGACUGACUCGAUGUACAGGGAUCCAACGAUAAUUGUUUCUCCACUCGAUACACAAUUUGAAAUAGCUGAAAUAACUUCUAACACAGUCUAUUAUUUUGAAUUCUCCGUGUCUGUGAAUGGCACUCUGCUUGUUAGGAACAGACUUACUGAAAAAGCGAUAUCAAGUCCGAGGUUCAGUGCAGUGGCUAUUGUUUUCCUUGCUCUAACUAUUUUGCUUAUCACUGUCGGAACAGCAUUUGGUAUUAUAGUUAUCUGUGUUGCUAAGCAAUUGCAAUUGCAAGGGGUUCUAGCAAAUAUUGUUUUGUUUAUGGUAUGUCUCUUGGGAAUGUUGAGCUUGAUUUUUCUUAUUGUUUUCUCUAUUGUCACUGGUGUUCAACAAGACACAUGCAGUCUGGAUUGGAUCAGAGCACAUGAUGCAUUGGUCAUUGUGGCCUUUCUGUUUGCUCUAUUUGGAAAUGCUCUUCUGGUCUGUUUCCUGCUUGCUUCUUACCAACAGAAAAAGUUUGGCCAGAUGAAUUUACAGCGUAGCCAAAACGGUUCCCAGAUCAACAUGCAUAGUAACACCAUAUUCUCAGGACAAGCAGACACAACAGCUGAGGAUUUGACUAGCAAUUCCAAAGCAAAUCCCAAGAAGACGAACACCGCUUCAGUGCCCAAAGAUGUAGUAGCACCUUCAGAGAAUAUAGACGGAGAGCUGGAGUCUAGUCCAAAGAAAGGCCCAUCAUCUGCGUCUAAGAAAUUCACUGUCUACAAAGUUGUAGUCACUCUUGAGGAUAGGUCAUACUUUGUGUUCAGAAGAUACAGUGAAUUUGAAUUCUUUUUUGGCGAAAUUAAAAAGGAGUACCCAUCCUUGGAUAAACUGACAUUUCCAGGGAAGAAAGUCUUGAAGAAAAAAUUCGAUCCGAAUUUUAUCGAAGAACGUCGCAUCGGGCUACGUGAUUUCAUUAUCAACCUUAUGAAUAUCCCCAACAUUCUAGAAUAUCUCCCGGUUCGUGAAUUCUUGGCCAUCGAUGACCCACGUUCAGCACUCCCCAUCAACGACAUGCCGGCAGCCGAACAGAAAGUGAAAGAGGCGGACAGGGUGGAGCUUGGUAAGAAAGAGGACACCACUGCCAAGAUCACUGACCUAGACUUGCUCAAAGUUAUUGGGAAGGGAACCUUCGUGAAAGUCUACCUGGGUCGACACAAGAAAACUGGUGCUUUCUAUGCCAUCAAAGUCCUGCAAAAGGAAGCAGUCGAACGCAGCGAGUUUAAACUCAUCAUGGCCAGGAGAAGCGUCGCAAUCCACCCAUUUCUAGUAGGCCUACAGUGCUCCUUUCAGACGAGGACCAAGCUAUACUUUUUGUUGGACUAUGUGAAUGGUGUGAAGUUGUUCUUUCAUCUGCAAAGGCAGAAAAAUAAUGUGUUCGACGAGCCUAUUGCAAGAUUCUAUGCUGCCGAGAUCACCUCUGCCCUCGGGUACCUGCACAGUCUCAAUAUUAUCUAUUGGGAUCUCAAACUUGAAAACAUUCUACUAGACGCUAACGGCCAUAUCAUGCUAACAGACCUUGGACUCUGCAAAGAAGAGGUCAAAUUUGGAGAGACAGUAACAACUUCUGGCAGCCCCAAAUGCCUAGCCCCUGAGGUGCUCAGAAAGCAAGAGUACGGUUACAGCGUCGACUGGUGGUGUCUGGGCGUGGUAAUCUAUGAAAUGAUGUACGGGCUGCCACCGUUUUAUUCUGAAGAUGUUACUGAAUGGCACAACAAUAUUUGUCGUAAGUCAUUACAACUUCGGAAUCUGCCUAACAUCACUCCCAGUGCUCGAGGCCUACUCGAAGGUUUGCUGCAAAAAGACAAAAAUCAUCGAUUAGGAGAGAAUGGUGAUCAUAACGACAUCAAGGUUCACUCAUUUUUCAAGUCCAUCAACUGGGAUGCCCUGUUCCGUAAGCGAUUGAAGCCUCCGUUCAACUCUCCUCCGGUAAAGGAUACCCUCAAACUUGGACAUUUUGGGUCCGAGCUUAUUGCCGAGGCUAUUUCUGGCGCACAGAAACACGGGACAGUGCGUGUGCCAUGUGUGAGCAUUGCUGAAGACACUUUUAAUGUAAUGAACUAGUUAAAAAAAUAAUGUGUGGUGAAUAUAACUGCAAGCGGUCAUAUUUCUGUGUUGUUAAAGUAAUAAUUAUUUUAUUCCAAG